GCACCUUGCGUGGCUUGAUUUUUCUCCUCCUUCAUGCAACCAAAAUAAUAGUAUUUAUAUACGCGUAUGCAUAAAAAGAAAGUGCCCCACUUGCCAUUUCCUCAACUUUUUUUUUUUGACAAAAUUUGGCGUAUGAGUAAGAGGGGGUACUAUGUGAGAGCAAAGCUGAGUUCCUUUGAUACUGGUGAAUUAGUCCUGCUCGUCAGCACAUGCAAUCCACUUUCUAUAACCAAAUCAACUUUGGACCCCAAAUUUUACCUCCUCCUCAAGAAAAGCACACCAUCCGCCUUCCAUAAGUUUCACUACUCCCCCUCCCCUGUCCUCCUCCCCUCCCUCUCCCUCCACAAACAAACAAAGUUUCGUGGGUUUAGUGAGUUUCUUCGUUAUUUAGAGUAGCUAGUGGUGGGCUUCGAAAGGUGUACCUGCACAUACGUAAUACUAAUCCUCUUUCCCAUAUAUCAUCCUUUACUACGACCCUCACGAAACUUCUUCCCCAGUCUGCCUCCAAUAUAUAGAGCUAAUUAAUGCAGACUCCACUUCCUUGAUCUCGCUUCUCGGAGUCCUGUAGACAUGAGAACAGGAAGCUGCGCCGUCCAACAGGGGCUGACCGCAGAGGCGGCUACCGUAGUGAAGCAGGCAGUGACGCUGGCGAAGCGUCGGGGCCAUGCCCAGGUCACCCCGCUCCACGUGGCCAACACCAUGCUCGCUGCUUCCAACGGCCUCCUCCGUACGGCGUGCUUGCAAUCUCACUCUCAUCCUCUGCAGUGCAAGGCCCUGGAGCUUUGCUUCAACGUCGCCCUCAACCGCUUACCGGCUUCCAAUUCAUCGAGUCCCAUGCUAGGCCCGCCGGCUCACUCUCCUUCUAUCUCCAACGCUAUGGUCGCCGCCUUCAAGCGAGCCCAGGCCCACCAGCGCCGAGGAUCCAUCGAGAAUCAGCAGCAACCUCUUCUUGCGGUGAAGAUAGAGUUGGAACAACUCAUAAUUUCAAUUCUGGAUGAUCCUAGUGUAAGCCGAGUCAUGAGGGAAGCCGGGUUCUCCAGCACUCAAGUUAAAAGCAAUGUAGAACAAGCGGUGUCUUUGGAAGUAUGUUCCCAGAAUGCCCCUUCGCCUUCUGCGAGUGGCAAGUCAAAGGAAAACGAAACUAAUAACAACAUAACCACGAAAGUUGGGAAAACCAUGGGGUCGGGUUCGGCAGUCAGAGAGGAGGAUGUUACUGGUGUUUUAGAUUAUUUGAGGAAUCAAAGAAUGAGGAGUAGUGUGCUUGUUGGGGAGUGUCUGGCUAGUCUAGAGGGUGUGGUGAGAAGAGUGAUGGAGAAAGUUGAGAAAGGGAACGUUGACGACGAGGGUAUGAGAGAUGUUAAGUUCAUUUCUCUCUCUCUUUCUGCUUUUGGGCAUGUGUCCAGAGUACAGGUUGAGAACAAGAUCGAGGAGCUUAGGAAUUCCGCUAAAAGCAACUGUCAUAGCAAAGGAUUUAUUUUGUAUGUAGGAGACAUCAAUUGGGUGUUUGAGUACAGGGCCGGAUCGAGACAGCAAGGUCGAGGGUACUACUGUCCCGUGGAGCACAUGAUCCUUGAGAUUGGAAGACUUAUAAGUGGGAUUGGAGAGAAUGGAAGAUUUUGUGUUAUGGGCAUAGCCACUUUUCAGACUUACAUGAGAUGCAGAAAUGGAUAUCCCUCGCUGCAGACUGUUUGGGGUCUUCAUCCUUUCACCAUACCUGUGGGAAACUUGAGCUUGAGUCUCAUCGCCGACAGUGGUCUGCAAAAUGAGCCCACCAAGAAAACUGACAACGGAAGCAGUUGGCGAUCAACAGAAGGGGAUAAGGAGAAGAGCCCGGAUUGCUUGGCUGAGCCAUCAUCCGUCAUCUUCGACAUCCGAGUUCGAAGCUUGCCGAGCAGCACUUGCAAUAGUGACUCCAGCACUUCAAGCCUUCCCGUCCAACAGUGCAAAAGCGAGAGUAAAGGAGUUACUUCCGAUGAUCAGGAUUGUGUAGUGGUUCGUCAAAAGUGGAACUCCGCGUGCAACUCAAACCAAAUUCCACCCUGUUCUACUGAGAAAACCCUCACAUUCUCCUCUGUAUCACCCUCUUCAUCUACUUCCUUUGACCACCCUAAUUUCUGGUUCUCAUCACCAAGUGCUAACUCUAACAAGCCCAACGAGCCCACUUUGAAAAUUUACAUCCCAGAGCACAAGGACAUAAAACAAACAUUUCUACCAUCGAAUCCCAACUCCACCUCUUCCAGUGACGUGAUGGAAACGGAGUACGUGAGCAGGUUCAGAGAGCUCAAUUCGGAGAAUCUCAAAACCCUAUGCGAAGGUCUGCAGAGAAAAGUGCCGUGGCAGAAAGAUGUAAUACCGACAAUCGUGAGUACAAUUCUACAAUGCCGUUCCGGCAUGUUGAAACGAAAGGGGAGGGUAAAAAACGUUAGUGAAGUGAAAGAAGAAACGUGGUUGUUAUUCCAGGGAGCUGAUGUGGAAGCUAAAGAGAAUAUAGCCAGAGAACUCGCUAGGCUUGUGUUUGGGUCCCACAGGAACCUCGUCUCGCUAACCUUAAGCAGUUUUUCUUCAAUAAGAGCGGAUUCGACCGAGGAUUAUUGCAGAAACAAGAGGUCAAGAGACGAACAAAGUUGCAGUUAUAUUGACAAAUUCGCGGACGCAGUUUCUAGUAACCCUCAUACUGUUUUUCUAGUAGAAGAUAUAGAGCAAGUUGAUUAUCGUUCUCAAUUGGCAUUUAAAAGGGUUAUUGAGAGAGGAAGAAUAACGGGCACGACUGGUGAAGAAGUUAGGCUUAGUGAUGCUAUCAUAAUUCUGAGCUGCGAAAGUUUCAGUUCGAGGUCCAGAGCGUGCUCUCCACCAGUUAAGCAGAAGUCAUGUGAAGAGAAAAAUGAAGCAGCUAGCUUGGAGGAGACAAGCUCUCGUGUGUCUCUGGAUUUGAAUAUUUCCAUUGAUGAUGACGAUGGCUGCGAAAAGGAUAAGUCAGUGGAUGACAUUGGCCUUCUUGAAUUGGUCGAUAGACGUAUAAUCUUCAAAAUUCAGGAAUUAUGAGGCCAAAAAGUAUUUCAAAAAUCAUUCUUCCUCCUCGUCCUUUUUUUCCUUGCUAUUUUUUAGCCUUUUUUUUUCCCCAAUUCUCUUCGUUUUCAUCAUAUCCUUGGAUUUCCUAGGGCUAGUAGGAGGUGAAAUGUCAUGGCAUGCUUCAGUACUUCAAAUUAAUUAUGUAGAAUCACAUGUAUAUUACCAAGGUUAAAUUGUUACAUCCCAUCUCUACUACUAUAGAACUGUGGGGAGAUUCCAUCUAAUUACUUUUACCUUUUUUUGGGUA